AAGACAAUGGCGACUCUGCCGAUGGAUAUCAUCAACGACGUCUUCCUCCGUCUCCCCGCUACUACGCUGGUCCGGUGCCGCGCCCUCUCGAAGCCUUGCUUCUCUCUGAUCGACAGUCCUGACUUCGCCACGUCUCAUCUCAAACGCACGCUCGAAACCGAACAGCACCUCAUGAUCUUGCUGCAAUCCGAUCGCCUUCUACGUACCGUACGCGUCGACUCACCGGAUAAACUCUCCGACGUUGAGAGUCCUUUACCAACCGGUGGUUUCACGGAGGUUUUCGGUUCGGUUAACGGUUUGAUCGGUCUAACCAACUCCCCCGUCGAUUUAUCGAUUUUCAAUCCAUCCACUCGCAAAAUCCACCGCUUACCGAUCGAGCCAAUCGAUUUCCCUCAACAUUCCAUCACUCGCGAGUAUGUGUUUUACGGAUUAGGUCACGAUUCGGCGAGUGAUGAUUACAAAGUCGUGAGGAUGGUUCAGUGUAAGCGUAAAGAUGGCGAUGGAGGUUAUCCUUUCGAAAUCAAAGUUUUCAGCUUAAAGAGUAAUAGAUGGAAGAGAAUCCAUCUUCGUUCGGAGGUUCAGAUUCUCGUCACCAACUCCUAUUACAAUCUAACGUACCGUAGUGGGAAUGGUGUUCUUGCUGGCAACAGUUUCCACUGGAUUCUACCUCGAAGUGAAGGAUAUAUCGAAUCCAACACUAUAAUCAGAUUUGAUCUCGCCUCUGAGGCUCUUGGUGUCCUUAGCUUCCCGGAGGUCCUUUACUAUGAAGAUUAUAUGGAUAUAGCUGUGUUGGAUGGCUGCCUUUGCUUGAUGUGUUACGGCGAUUUUAGCCGUGUGGAUGUUUGGAUUCUGAGGGAGUAUGGAGGAAAAUGGAGUAAGUUCAUUACGGUGGUGCCGACAUCGGAGACUGUGGUGUCGCUUGAGUUUGUAAGGCCUAUGAUCUACUCCAAGGACAGGAGGAAGAUUUUGUUUGAGAUAAACAAUGGGAAGCUCUUUUGGUUUGAUUUGGCGAGUAAGAGUUUUGAAGCGCUUGGAGUAAAGGGUUAUGAUGAGGGUCGUCCAUGGAAUGUAGAAAUUGUUGUGAGUAGCCUUGUUUUGGGAUGUAAAGGUGAUCCUCGCAGAGCUCCAGAAAAGAGAAUGAUGCAGAAGGGUAACAAAAGGAGCGAUGAUUUUCUGUCCAAGGGAUUUAAGCUCAAGUUGUGAGCAAAGCAAGUGAACUUCAAAGCCCAAAACUUUAUAAAGGUUCAGGGCGUAGGCGGGAUAGGGAAUGGUUUGAAGCUGCUUCAUCAAAAUCCUAAUCCCAUAUUAGUUCUUAAUACUAAUUAGCUUUAACUAUGUAGUACAUAUAUUUUGUAAGAGAAGACUUACAUUCUCAUCUAAAAUAGCCAAACGGGGAUUUUCAGUUCAUUGUGCUUAGUUGCAUAUAUUAAAUCUAUGAUCAGAAUGUAAAAUUGCAAGAUGAUUCAAGGACGACAAAAAUUAUUUUAUGAAUCAGAUUGUUGUGUGGAGCGUGAAUUUGAA